AUUUGAAGUAAUCCACCUCCCGUUAGUUUGGUAGAUUAUAUCAGAACUGGGGAUAAUCAACGCCCACCAUGGGAAAACGGAAACGCGCCAAGCACGUGCGUGCGCGUUCAACUUCUACUUCAAGUAGCAGCAGUGGUCGGACGAGAACUCCGUCACCUCCACCGAAACAAACAAGAAAGGAAAAGAAGAAAACAAAGGUAUCACGUAAGGCUGAUACCUCAACUGUAAGUACAGAUAAAGCUUCUACUGUGGUGAACAAUAUUAUACCGGAAUUUGAUCCUUUACGAGACGACAUAGGUGCUUGGCUUAAUAUUAUUCAAUCUUACGCUAAAACUUUUUCAUGGUCAGAUGGUGUGGUUAAAUUUCAAGCGCUUAACAAACUAAAAGGGUCCGCUAAGACCUGGUACGAUUCUUUAUUGCGUACGGAACAAGAGUGGCCUUCGUGGCGUUGGGCGGACUGGCGCCGUAGGUUAGCAUCUAGCUUUCAAAUAAGACGUGAUAUGUUUCAACUUUUGAAAGAAGUAGUAGACAAGAAACCGACCGAUAACCAAUCAUUGUACGAGUUUUAUUUCGAACAGAAGAGCAAAAUCGAUCGUUUGUCAUUAAAUUUCUCGGAAAUGGAUGUUGUAUCAAUAAUUGUUGGCAAUAUAGGAGAUUCUGGGAUAGGCGCGUCAAUCGAAGCAAGCAAUUUUACAACGUGUGAUAGCUUGGCAAGUUUUCUUCACGGACGUACUUACAAAUCCAGAACCUCGAAACAAUUUAGUUCAAAUAUACGCGAUGGACAAGGCAAGAUAGGUACACAUGUCACUACCACACAGCCUAGUAAUUCUGCAAAGAUACCUACAGGUCAGUCAGGCUCGAGUCAGACCGCUCCGUCCAAUAACAAUCAGGCUCUUAACCAAACUCAACGAAAACCAAUUGAAUGUUACGUAUGUGGUGGUAAUCAUAAGAAAACAAAUUGCGACAAGUUAAAUCGAAAAUGUGAAUUUUGUGGCAAACGGGGGCAUGAUGAAGCCGCGUGUUUUCAUAAAAAACAUUCAACUAAAACCGAAAAACAGGAAGAGACUAAACUCAUUUCUACCGCUCCCGACCCGUGGUCCAACCGCUAUGUCCAACUGGUUGCACCACGAGUGAACUAA